AUGUUAAACGAUUUUCAUCAAUUCUUGGAAUUCACACGGGAUCGUAGUCUUCAUCAAGCACGUACAAUAAGUAGUAACGAAAUAGUUAAUCAAAAUCAGCAUACACCUACUUGGAUUCAUUCUUAUGAUCAACAUAAUCGGAAAGAAUCAACUCCAAAUACAAAAUGUAGCCAUCCUCACAAUGAUAGUAAUGAAUCUAUCAGUUCCGCUCCGAAGCAGCAUAAAGUACGAGAUAACAACGACCAUACCAACAGAUUUACCGGUAGGGUAGGUGCAGCAACAACAACAACAACAACAACAACAACAACGACUAUAAAUCAACAACUAAGUGCAUCAAAUAUUCCAUUUGAUCAACUAAAAAGAGCUGUUUCAUCUAAUCUUCCGUGCUUCUUUAUUGAUUUUGAACAAACAGCAAAUACUAAGAAACCACCAUCGGCGUUUGAAAUUAGAAAUUUAAUUGAACAAUAUUUUAAGGAACAUAAUGUUAGAAUUCAACCAUUUUCCUUAGUCGGUUGGUCCGGUAAACGAUUGAAACUGGGAGUGAACAACAAGGAAGACUAUGUAUCAUUAGUUAAUACAGAAAAUUGGCCAAAUGUCAUAGACAAUAUACCAAUAACAGUAACAAAACCAAAAUAUAUUCCAGACUGUUUCGCGUUGGUAGUCCGCUAUGUUCCAGUUGAAUUGGAGAUAGAAGCUGUACGCGAUGAAAUCAAACGUACUAUUACGUCAGCUGACAACAUUAAACACAUUAACUAUGCUUAUGCAAGGAAAACUAAUGAUUUUCGUUUCACGGUAGCAGAUUUAUCAGAAUAUAAUUCAGCUCUUAAAUUAGGUCGAAUUUCAAUUGGGGAUCAUUGGCUAUCAGUCACUCCAUUCUUAACAGGAAAUCGAAUGACCUAUUGCACCAGGUGUUGGAAGAUUGGUCACAUUAGGGAUCAAUGUAAGACAAUUACUCAACGAUGUCGGGUUUGUUUACAAGAAAUAACAAAAAGGGAAGAGCAUCGAUGUUCAAAUACAGCAAAAUGUGCGCAAUGUGAUGGAGACCAUCAUUCAUUAAACAGUCAAUGCUCAGUUAUUCGUAAUUACAGAGCUGAACUAAAGGAAGAGGUGAAGACAGCUAUCGAAUCUGGUAAACUACAAAGGUAUGACAACGCGAAGCAACCAGGUUUUAGUAAUAAAAAUCAAGAUUUUCCUGCGUUUAAUGAAGAGGAUAAAUUCCAGCAACAUCAGCGCAAUACAUGGUUUCGCAAUCAACCGGAAGCUCAUCGUAAUGUGGAUUCCGAAACUACUAAACUACUCUCAAUUCUAAAUGAAAAUAUAACAUUAAUGCGCGAAAGUAGUGAGAGAGUAGAAGAUAAACUCGUAAAAACUGAAGCUAAAUUAAAUCAAACAGCAUUGGAUUCGACAUUAUGCGUAUCUACUUUGGAGAAAUGGAUGGUGAAUCUUCAAGUAUUAGUAGAAAAAAUUAUAUGGCCGAUAGCAGCUCAACUCAAACCAAAUUUAGUUAAAGAGCUCGAGCCUUUGCUAGAUAAAAUGGGCCAGAUUAGACUUACGAUGGGUACUGAUUAUAAUAGUAGACGUAAACGUGCUGAAUCACCUCCGAUCCAAUCAAACUCAUCAACAUCGAAGGAACCUAUCAACGAAGCAGUACCAAACACUAUCAAACCAAAAAAAAAAUGA